AUGCGGAAACUAUUUAUUCGAGCGAACGAGUGCCCCGACUGCCCCGAACCUGAGUUCGAAUCCCGAGACUUGGAGACGCCGUGGUCCACCGAAGACAGAAAGGUCAGAUGUCCGUUCAAGAAGCCGGGCGAUGAACUCCAAUCACUCUACUCGUGCAAUGGUUUAGUAUGUGUAACUCUUUAUCAUCGACACUGCAUGGAGGAUUUGGACAUUUAUAUUUGGAACCCAUCAACUCAAUUCUUCACAAAAUUACCCGCUUCUCCUUUACAAGUACAAAGAGCUCCAAGUAUACGCUGUGAUGGUUUUGGCUACUUGUCAGCCACCGGCGACUACAAAGUUCUCAUCUCAUCAGACAGUGAGCAAUACAUCUUCUCAUCGAACACUGACAUUUGGAAAAGGAUCGAAGUCCCUUUCCGCCUUUGGACGAAGGAUGCAGGGACUCUUUCAAAUGAGGCACUUCAUUGGAUUCGUAGGGUCGAUAAGAAGAUGCUUGCUUUCGAUUUAACACAUGAGAAGUUUCGAACUAUGCUGCUGCCUGACCCCGGUUCGGGUUGGCGUACCAUGGACAUGGACCUAGGGGAUUUUAGAGGAUGCCUGUGUGCAUUGGAUUGUCUGAAUCGACAUACUGGCUUUAUUGAUUUGUGGGUCAUGAAAGAAUAUAACGUGAGUGAGUCUUGGACUAAGCUCUUCACCUUAAAGAUUUCUGAUCGGCCUGUGAUAAUGCCUCGUUUAAGGCUAAUCAUGGUUAUGGAGACUAGUACAGUUUUGGAGAAAGGAACUUUUGAUGAGGAGGGUGGGGAUGAGUGCAUGUUGAUGUUGGUAAAGAGUGGUCAUGAGGAAGAGAAGUUUGAAACACAGGUUACCAUUAAAGCACCGCGCCGGUUAGCAGGAAGCUGA